GUCUAUUAGGACGCGCCCGAUUCAAGAUGGCGGCGCACUAGGAAGCUUUGCUGUAAGAAAGAAAGAAAGAAAUAAAGCAAAGCUCGGAAACACUCCCGGGGGUGAAACACAAGAAACAGAAACGCCAAAAAGAGCUAAACAAAGCUCGCGUUUGAAUGAGCGUGGUGAUGAAAAGAGCUCGGCGUGACCAUGCUGAGGUCCACGGGGUUCUUCCGUGGCAUUGACUGCCCGUUUUACUCCAGAGGCACUGACGGGAGAAGUGGCUGUAACAGACCGCACUGUCACUUCAGACACAGCAGCAGCAGCCUGAGAGCAUCCACAGGAGUGUACGAGAUCAACAAAGCCAAAGAAGGACCAUCCGACUCGAACGACCAAGGCUAUGAUCCGUUCAACCCUGAGGUGGUCCGACCCGCAGAGCAAUACAAUGCAGACUCUCUGGCAAGUCCGAUUACGGCUCUGGGAGCCACAGAGCUGGAACUGGUCAACCGAGCAAUCGAGGCAGUCCAGAGCGAAAUGGAGAAGGAGAAGAAGAAGCUGUCUCGGAUCGGCGAACAUGGAUACGACCCUGCGAACAGCUCUAUCAAAUCGGGCUACACCAGACCGACAGCUGUCAAAGUAUCGACCCACAGUGAGUACGAUCCCGGGAGUUAUCAAAUGAGCCAGACUUCCGAGUACAACCCGACCCCUCGCUCUAGCAAAUACACGCUGGACUCCGAGAGCAACAGCAGCUACGCCAACUCGAUGGAGUACGUCCCCACGGCGGUCUCCAAAGCAGCUAAAAAAAGAGCAGCUCCUCCUCCGGCGUCUCGGAUCCCCUCUACUGGCUCGUCUUUGUCAAAGACUAAGUACACGCUAGACAAUUCGAGACCGUCGACUGACAUGGAAUACGACCCGCUGUCGAACUUUUCUGCCAAACCCGGCGCUAAACGCGUCGGAACGGAGGGCAAAGGGAGGAAAAAGGUUCACGUCGGAUGGCAGAAGCAAAGCACAGAUGAGGAGUACGUCCCGGCGAUGAAGAAGCCCAGACAGCCCCAACACGCAGAACCCCAAAAGUACACAGCCAACUUCGAUUCUGAUGAAGAAAGCUCCGGAAACGAGUAUCGUCCCACACCGAUGGGACGCCUGCAGAAGAGGAAAAGCAGCGCCGACUCGAUGGACGGCGUAAAACGAAAGUCUAGCGAAACGGGAGCCUGUAGACCCUCACCGGGUUUGGAAUUCAUACUCGAUGGCGACGAUGAAGAAUCCGACAGCUUUGAGCCCAUGGAUUUUGAGCAACCGGAUGAUGGACCGCCAGAUAAACAGAAGACCAAGAACACCGUCCAGGUGAAGAAGGUUCAGAGUGAAAAAACGCAGAGGAAAGAGGUUACGGAGUCACGUAAGAGCAGCAGCCAUAAAGAGAAGAAAGGGAACGGAGGUGUGGAGAAGUGUUUGAGGAAGCCGAGUCUGGAGACUGCGAAGCAGGAGAAGACCCAUGGAAAGGUUAUCGACGAAAAGCCGAAGUCCAAAGAUUGUGAGAAAGGAGGGAAAGACUUGAAAUUGAAAGAGGGGAAAAGCAAGAAGCCCGACAAGAAGAAAGGAGAGCAGAGCACGGGAGAUAAAGAACGAAGCGUGAACGAGGCCCGGAAACCUAAAGUGGACAAGGUGCCCCACAGGGUCAAAGAAUCCAGCAGGUACAAGGAGCAGAAGAACGGACAGAUCGACAGCAGUGGACGAGAGAAGGACAAAAAGAAGAGCGGUAGCAGUACUGGUAGUAACAAGGACAAAAACAAACAAAGCGGCUCGUCUCUGGAGAGGAAGGACCCCAAAGCGGCGAAGGCCAAGCUGCGCUCUCUGAGUCACGCCGACCUGUUUGGGGACGAGAGCCCCGAGGAGGAUGAGGCUGAGGACGAUGAAGACGAACGAGUAGUCCGGAAGUCCGCUUCGGCCUUCAAACGCAGCAGCUUGGUUAACAAGAGGAAAGCAUCGGAUGCCACCGAGACGUCUUCAGAGGACGAUGUCGAGCCUGAGCAUGAGGAGGAGCACGUGGAUGGUGAUGGCGAUGUGGAUGAUGGCGAUGAGGACGAUGGGGAUGCGGCUAACUUUUCCGUUUUCCAGGAAGACGUCGAAUACGACUCGGAUCCUAUGGAGGAGUGUCUCAGGAUCUUCAACGAGUCCAAAUAUGUGAAAACGGAGGACAAAGGCAGGCAAGCCAAACAGCCUCCCAAAGAGAAGGAGGAAGAGCAGGAAGUACAGAGCACUUUAACCACACUUUUCCCCGGCCAGAAGAAGAGAGUUUCGCAUUUUAAAGCCAAAGCAAGUACGGAGUCGUCGCCGAACAUUUUGCCCAAGCCUCAGCGCAGACUAACGGCACAGGAGGUGUGUUAUCAGCGCAUGCGGAUCGCUCAGCAGCAGGCCGCUGAGCUCGCUGCCUCCGUCGCCAAGAACGCCGCCAAGAACGCAGCCUCUACAUUGUGUUCUCUCUCCGGUCCCGGGGCAUCGGGGGAGAAACGUCGAGUGAUGCACCGCCCAAACCCCGCCCUGGUCUCUGCGAAAAAAAGUGUUUUGUCCGAGUCACAGCAAGCUAUCCGAAGCCUUUUAUCACCCGGAAAAACCGCGCCGGAUCAGUCGUCGAUCAAAGCGCACACGUCGUCCUCCAUGCUGUCCAAAACCAUGUCCACUAUGGCCCAGAAGAGGAUGGCGCAUACUCCUACACUCAAGAGCUCUUCGUUGAAGCGGCCGGUGAUUCCCGCCGAGUUUGGAGCAAAAGUUCCCACUAACGUGCGCCAGCGCUACCUCAACAUCUUCAUCGAGGAAUGCCUUAAGUUCUGCCCGUCGGAGGAGGCCGCUUUCCAGACUGCUCUGGAGGAGGAGAAGCAGGUGUAUGACCGGAGCAGCAGUAAAAACAUCUACCUGAACGUUGCAGUGAACGCGCUGAAGAAACUGCGCAGCAAGAGUACGACCCCCGCCACCGCGUCCUCUCCGGUCGCCUCCCAGUCCACAAAGAAAGCAGCUGCAUCUGGAAACAGGAAAUCCCAGUCGCACGAGGGAGUUCUGGCCGGGAGAAUGGCAGCAGCAACCAGCUACACCGUCAACCGUACGGGGAAACAGCAGGACGUACAGCUCAAAGGUGCAGUUCUCUACCACAAACUAAAUGCAUAUGUGUUGAGUGAAGAGCAGCUGCAGGAACACGGUUACCCGAGACCUCAUCCUGAGCGCCUGGGACACGCCAUCAUCUAUAACACUCCCGAGAAGAAACCCCAAGACCCCUUCUCGAAGGUGUGCUGCCGGUGUGGAGCAGAGUACAAAAUCAACGCCAACGGCAACUGCGUCCGCAAAGAGGAGUGCAAUCACCACUGGGGCAGAUUACGCAGAUACAAAGUGUCCGGAGGCUGGGAGACGCAGUACAGCUGCUGCUCGGGUACAGUGGGUUCUCCUGGAUGUCAGGUGGCCAAACAACACGUGCAGGACGGACGUAAGGAGUCUUUAGACGGCUACGUGAAGACGUUCAGCAAACCCCCAUCGUCUGAUGGAAACGCAGGAGUGUAUGCUUUGGACUGCGAGAUGUGCUACACAAAGCAGGGUUUGGAGCUGACCAGGGUGACGGUCAUCAACUCUGAUCUGAAGGUGGUUUAUGACACAUUUGUGAAGCCAGAGAGCAAAGUAGUGGAUUACAACACAAGGUUUUCUGGUGUGACAGAAGAGGAUCUCGAGAGCGCCACUAUGAGGCUGAGAGACGUGCAGGCCGUCUUACUGAGCAUGUUCAGUGCAGAGUCCAUCCUGAUUGGCCAUAGCUUAGAGAGUGAUCUCUUUGCCCUUAAGCUUCUGCACAGCACCGUCGUCGACACAGCCGUGGUCUUCCCACACCGCCUCGGCCUGCCGUACAAACGCGCCCUGCGUAACGUCAUGGCCGACCACCUCAAACGCAUCAUCCAGGACAAUGCCGAGGGCCACGACUCCAGCGAGGACGCCGCCGCCUGCAUGGAGCUCAUGAUCUGGAAGAUCAAAGAGGACGCCAAAGUCAAGAGAUGACCUCCGACCCUGCGGGCGUCCCUGUUUUCCCAUCACACCCUGCACUGAGCACGCAGAGAGAAACAAGGCAAAAAGCUGUUCUGGGUCUGUUGUAGCUCCAGAAAGAGAGAGAAAGAAGAAGUGAGCGUGAAGGAGAACAAAGAAAAGAUGCCAUCGCUGUCUGUAGAUUGUGGCUUCGUGCACGUCCGACUCGAGAACUUCCUGAGGUGAAAUAAACAGCGUCCUCUUUCGAAAGUGUGUGGGAGGGGAUCGGUUGGCGUGUCUUUAAAUCCAUAUCUGGACGUCUUUUCUUGUGAAACCAUCAAUCCAGCCUUAGUGGUGAAAAAGUUUUUUAAUAAGCCGUUUCCAGAAAUGCAGUCAUGAAAAGUUGCAGGUGAAAUCUUGGACUUGGACACGCCCUCAUUCCCACUUAUAGCUGCUGCAUUUCUUUCUUUUUUUUUUUUUUUUUUUGUUCCUAAUAGAGAUUUAAAAAAAAAAACGGACCGGACGAUGCACUGUGUCUGCGAAAUUUCUUUUCAGGCUGUCGCUCUGGUUUCGUUUACAUUCGAAACAGGAUAGAGGGAUGGAGGAAAAAAUGCUGAGUCGUGGAUCGGGGUCGCGUUAUUUAUUUUUCGUGUCUGCACGUCAGUUUUGAUGAUGCAGGGAUUCGGAUGAGGUUGCUGCUUUUUCUAAGGCGUUAUGUUGCACUGUAUUGAAUCCAUGCAUUUAAUAUGCCGGGUUUGGUUUGGUUUGGGUUGGUCGGGUUCACCUCCUUUUCCUUCGCCUCCAACGUGACCUGAAAUACCCUACGUGGACAAACAAACGUGGACACCUACCUGUAAGAUUGGUACGUGUAUCUUUUUUGAGCAUCUCAUUCCACCUUAAAUCUCUUUGUUGUUGGAAUAACCACUUUUUCUGAGAAGAGGAGAUCUUCCACAGGAUUUUGGAGUGUGUGGACUUUUGCGUUCAUCAGCCACAAGGGUGUUGGACUUUUUAGCUCCACUCUUCUGGGAUGGUGUUCCACUAGAUUCUGGAGUGUGGAUA